AGAAAUUUUGGUUAUUUGCUUGGAUUUGAUUAAAUAUUAGCACCAACCUAAAGAAAGGAAUAAGGAAUAAGGUUGUCGUUGUCAUUCAAAUGUCAAGUUCAAUCUUGAGAUGUGUGAUGUGAAAGUUGUCAGGAUUUGUAAUAUAUAAAAAUAAAUAUUAUUGCAGUGCUAUUGGAAUUGAUUGGAACAGUCGAGCGAUUGUUGAAAAAAUGUAUUAAAUCAGCUAGUUUUUAAUUGAGCAUAACGAGCGUAUGACGUUUCGCUCGAAUCAUUUCCGGAGAAAUUCACGUGAGGAAAAAGUAAAUACAGGCGCACUAGAAUUGAGCCUUUAUUUAUAUCAAAUGCGCCGAAUUUUUUUGUUUUGAAUACACGUUUCAGAUAAAAGUGCUGUUAUGUACGCCUUAUAUGCACAUGCACCAAAUAGAUAAACAUGCUUGAGGGAUUGGUUGCAUGGGUGUUGAAUAACUACCUUGGCAAAUAUGUGCAGCUCAACACAGAUCAACUCAGCAUUGCACUUCUUUCAGGAAAAGUGGAACUUGAAAAUUUGCCCCUGAAAGAAGAUGCGUUAAGACAUCUUGGACUACCGAUUAUUAUCAAAGCUGGAUUCAUUGGUAAAGUCCAAUUACAUAUACCAGUUAGACAAAUCAGAUCAGCACCCUGGGUGAUCAUUAUAGAACAACUGUAUCUUGUAGCCAGUCCUUUACCACUACACGAGUGGGAUAAUGAGGCUGAAGAGCUAGCCAGACAUGAUCAAAAACUGUAUGGAUUAGAUACGUUGGAGGCAAAAUGGAGGUUAGACAGAGAUGUUCAGGAUUUAAAUUCAGCAUAUUAUGCAUCAAGCUAUUCUUCUUGGUACAGCUACGGCACAGGUUUGGUGACUGAAAUCAUAGAAAAUCUACAGCUCCGUAUUCAAGACGUCCACAUCCGAUACGAAGACAAUAUAAGUGUCCCUUCAAAAUGCAUAGCCUUUGGAAUAACAAUAGAAUCACUGAUCGCACAAAGUUGCGAUUCCAAUUGGCAGCCAGGCUAUGUCCAGGCUAGCAAGAGUGAAGAAUCAUUCAAGUUACUUGAACUGCAAAAAUUCGCUCUCUAUUGGAUGACUCUGGAUGAAAGUGGGCUUCUGUCAAAUCUCACCGUUGCUCAGCUCGCUGAAGCAAUGAGCCCUGGAAAAAUAAAGAAAACUACGAAAAAUUACAUAGUUCCUUCUGUGAGUGUCCAGGCCCAUCUGAAGAGGAACAGAAGUACACAUCCUUUAAGGUCGACAACACCUAGAAUAGUAUGUGAUUUGAUUGUGGAAGAAGUUGCUUUAAGCUUGAUUGAUUGGCAAUACGACCAAAUAGUUUCCUGCGUCCGCGGAUUGGACGACAUAGCUCGUCUACGAAGCUACCGUCGCUUCAAGCCGUCCUCCAGCGUAAAACAAGACCCUAAGGCAUGGUGGUUGUAUGCGAUCAGCAACUUCUACCCGGGCGGACAGCCGAAUGUUUGCAGACCGCGUCCCACGUGGGAGAACUGCAUUAGAAGGGCCAGGCAGAACGUCAAGUAUGUCGAAGUGUACAAGAAGCUGCUCGUUAGCCCUACCGCCGCUCUAGGGCCCGAGGAGGUCAAGCUGAAGAACGAGGUUGAGUGGGAGAGGGAAUUCGAUGAACUGAAGACGUUGCGAGAGCUGGCAAUGAGUUCGGUGAAACUCCCCAACCCGAACGGUACGACAACCGCCGCGAAAUCCACCGGUCGAAGCAUCGUUUUCAGCUGGUUCCCGACUUGGAUGGGUUGGUACUCCUCAGGUUCAGCGGAAAGCAGCGCGACCUCCUCCCCUGAAGCUACUCAGCUGGAAGGUGAAAUAUUGCAAGCGCUAGCAGAUUCUGCUGAAAAUAACACCAUUUUGAAAAGGGACGCUGUGUUCGGCCAUUUUAACUUUUGCUUGAAGACGGGGACGUUGAAUUUGUGUACAGUCGGUGAACAUGGGAGCGAUAGUUCCCCCAUGCUAGAACUGGAGUUCAAGACCCUAUCUAUCACCAUCCUGAGCAAACCUCGUACCUCGUCACACACGAUAGAACUAUCGUUAGGUGCUGUUUUCCUUAAAGAUAAGAUAACGUUGAAUACGAUGUUCCCGGUGCUAGUUGGUCCUCCAGGAUUUGAUAGGACCGCCGUUCCUAGGGGCAAGGGCCCUAAUCCAAGGUUUAGCGCCAAUAACAGUAGGGUAGAGGAUACUUUGGACCAUCUUUUUUAUUUGGAGUACGAGAAGAAACCUCCGAAUUCUGUCUGUGAUUAUAGUUUACGUGUGAAAUCCAAAUGCUUAGAUGUAGUUUAUCAACCGAAUGCUGUGAAAUGGCUGACCGAAUUCGUCUGCCUACCUCAUCAACGUGAUAUAACUCAGUCUCAAAUAGAGGCCAUGAAGUCCAGGACCAAGAAGGAACUCAUCAAAAAUUGGGAGCAGAUAUUGGAAGGAAGAGUGGUGGGCAGAACCUCUUGGGAUCUGGAAUUUGAUAUAUCCGCGCCUCAAAUAAUAUUUGUGGAACAAUUUACGGAUCAAAAUUCUGCAAUGGCUGUGAUAGAUUUUGGCAAGUUGCAGUUGAGGAAUAACAUGGACAAGGUAGAAGUGCCUCCAAAACCGGAAUUUAUUACAAAAGAAAGUGAGGAAGAUGAAACGUUCGUCACCCCUUGUUCCACGCCACCUGCCAGUGAAGCUAGUGAUUCCGGGGAACAAACUCUGGAACCGGUAUCUCAGAUUGACGAGUCUCCAGAGGCAGAUCAUCCGUUGAACGAGAAAGAUCUCUACAAUAAACUAUAUGACUGUUAUUUCCUCGAACUCACCGACAUGCAAAUUCUUAUUGGAAAACCUAAAGAUAACUGGAGGUACGCCCUAAAUAAAGGUUCAUCUAACCUCCACGUAUUGGAUAGAUUCAGUAUAUUGCUGCAGAUCGAGAGGAGAGUAGUCCAUACAUCUGACCCACUGUAUCCAAGCCUGACACUGAAUGCUAAUCUUCCUAAACUGGUAGUCCAUCUUAACGAAAACAAGAUUACUUCUGCCAGAAAUCUGGUUCAUUACAUCACUACUACAGGAUUACCUUCGCCUUUCAAAAGCGCCCCCGAGACAAUGGAAACAUCCCCGGAACACCCUCAAGAAGAAGAAUCGGAGAGCAUAGACACGAGCGCAGAGAUGUCCAAGCUUAUCAUGAUGCAGUUCACAGUCGAUCAGUUAUCAUUGGAGAUCCAGAGCAGAGGCAGGAGCGUAGCAGAAUUGCAAGUAUCUGGAGUCAAAACGGCGUUCACGAAAAGAUCCGUUGAUAUCGGCAUAACCCUGACCGUGCAUAGCUUGUUGUUGGUAGACGCUUUGCAAACGUUUGGAGCUGAUUUCGAGCUGUUGGUUGCCAGUCACAAACAUGUCGGAAUGGAUUCUAUGUCGGGCAGUCUGCGUGACAGCGAGCCGACGUCGCCCACUUCUCCGGGCAGCCCCGAUCCGAACGUCACGCGCAACGGUGCCACGUCACCGGUGGCCUUGACGCAAGCCUUGAGCACUCUGGCAACGUCGCCGCCGUUAAGGUGGGCGUCCACUUCAUCAACCACCAAUGGCAUGUCACGCAACGGCACCUUUGUCGGCAUGGGACCGGCGACAGCCGAUGCUGAGGCACUCAUCUCGAUCGAAGUGAUGCUUAUCACGGGACAGGAACCGAUGCAGAUUGCUAAUGUCCAAUUCAACAAUUUGGACAUCAUCGCUAAUCAGGAAACCAUCGUCGAACUGAUGGGCUUCAUCAGACGCGUAUUUCCGAAAUCGCGCAAACCGGCGAUGACCACCCUUUCCAGUUACGUUUCGUCCAGCGUCCAACACUCAACGGAGUCGCUGCUAGACGAACCGGAUUCGGCGGCGAUAGGCACCACAAAUACGCAGAUCACGUUCGAUUUUCACAGGUUGAACGUUUUGCUGUUGAGAGGCGUUGUUAAGGAUGGCAGUCUGUACGGGAAGAAAAUAUGCACUGCAACGAUGACCGAAGCGAAGAUACAGGCCAAUGUCAGUUCGAAGUUGGAAGUGGAAGGGUCUUUGGGAGGCUUGCAGGUGUUGGACCUGACUCCAGAAGGUUACAUGCACCAGCGAAUCAUCAGCGUUGGACGAGAUCCGUUACAAGAAACGCCUCACCCGAUGUACUUGAUACCUCAACAGCAAGACGAUCGAACCGCAUUCAGUUUCAAGGUCCGUAGAAACCUGGAGGCGCCUUGCGGUAAAGAUAAAGCUGACAUCAUCAUCAGAAUGGCGUCGUUGUGGUACACGCACUCGCCAGUAUUCAUAGCAGAAUUGCAGUCGUGUGCCACCGAGUUCAAACAGUACCUCUCCAAUCUGGCCAGGAGUAUAAAGAUCGCCGCGACUGAUAUGGCGCUAGGCCUGGUUCACGCAAGAGCAGAAGCGCUAGCUCAAUCGCUGAGCAUGAACAAACGAUUGCCGAGCUCCCUCUAUGGCAGCGCGCUGUCCUUCACGGAAUCUGCCUCGCCGAGUCGCAGAAGACGACGAUCUAGUUCUGCGGACGCUUCCGGGUACGCUUCCGCCAGGGACACCGUACCUCAGACCCCGUACAGCCCCGCAGAUGACGACGAUUUCAUCAUAGAUCUGAUGUUGAACAUAGAACUGGACAGUCCGGUUGUGGUGCUGCCGCGGAAGAGCAACAGUCCUGAAGUUUUUGUGGCUCAUCUGGGUAAAAUAAGUGUCAGCAACUACUAUAUCGACGAUUCCAAGACAAACGGUUACGAUUACGAUUGUUCAGACUUCAGGAUAGAACAUUACGAUAUCGAGGUGAAAGACAUGAAUAUCUAUUCUUUGGACACGAGCACAAGAAGAGUUCCGGGGCCUAGCAUAAGUAAACCCGAGGUGCUUUAUAGCUGUUCCAGUUUGGCGAAGCCGAUCCUGUACGAUACUAUGUUGCAUUUGAAGAUAGACAGGGAAGUGUGCAAGGAUAUGACGCGGUACAGCAGCGAGUCUAACCUCCUGUUAGACGACGAUGACACAACUCAAAGUAGCUACCUCAAUCCCGGCGAGAAUAUCCAAGUAUCAGGAAGCAUUGUGACUGCUUUGAAAAUUUCAUUAACUCGUUCCCAAUACGCCCAAUUGUUAGAUACGGUAGACUGGUUAACAUCAUCUCCAAAACUGAGUGAAACUCAGGGUAUAUCGAGAUUGCACCUGAGGCCUCAAGCCUCGCUGUCUGACAUCUGCGAAGAGGAUACCGGUGUAACGACGUUGAAUAUGGAUCCUCACGUCAGAGCGAAGCUGUUUCCUGUAUCAAAUCUCGGAAAGGCUAAAAAACAAACGCAACCCGCUGUAGCGAUCAAAGUCAACUUUGAUGUGCCUGUCUUUACUGUGGAACUACGGGGCGAAACGCCAAUCGGAGAGCAAGGAUUAGUCGAUCUGUCGUUCAGAGAUUUCGCUUUCAACUACGAAAAGUGUCAUAGAUACGAUACAAACAUCCAAAUUUCGUUGCGGUCAAUUUUCAUGGAGGACCUGUUGCAGCCGGAAGGCAGCAAACAAAGAGCGAUGGUACUGUCCUCGUCUGGUGAUGACCAAGUACCGAACGCUGCAUGCAUUUCAAGGUCAUGCCCUGACGUCACAUAUCACAGAUACAGAACCAGCUCUUCUCACGGUUCCUUGCCGGAUCAUCUGGAGACUGCCAAGGUGUUCGGUAUGGAUUCCAUGACCACUUCUAUGCACAGAACCGAAGAAUAUCCUUGCACACCUCCACCUAGUCCUUCCCGAAGGAACAGACGGAGGGCCAGACCGGAAAAGAAUUUGGUCAUCAUCAGUACCUUGCUCGUCGACCCUUCAGCGCCAAACUUCGAAGAACAGUACAAGGGCAUACAGAAAUCUACCUCGAUAGAUUUUAAUUGUUUAGAUCUGGUGAUAAGCGUAAAAUCGUGGGUGGUGGUUUUGGAUUUUUUCAAUAUAUCUUCGGAACCGGAGGCGAACCCUGGAAGGAAUUUGAGUACGUCAACGGGAGGAUCGCAACAGGUCGUCUCCAGUACCAAACAAGUGACCAACAUCACCGUCAAGUCCCUAACAGUGACCCUAGUGACGCCUGAUAGAGAUAUCGCCAAAGCCAAUAUUUCCAACGUAGAAGUCGAAGUUCGAACAGCUGGCUUGCUGAAAGAAGUCGACGGGAAACUAGGAUCUAUGAGCUUACAGGAUCUAACGUUACACGGUCAGUUGUAUCGAGAAAGGUUCGUUACAUCUGGAGAACAGGUGUUGCAGUUCAAGUAUAUGAGACAUAUUCCGGAUGUAGAAAAAAACUACGACGCCCAGUUGACCCUGAACAUGGCAUCGGUCACUUAUGUCCACACUAGAAGAUUCAUAGCGGAAAUAUACGCAUUUUUCAAUAAGUUUACUGAACGAAGACAAAUGGUUAUGCGGGGGAUUCAGGCUGCGACUAGUGGACAAUCGAUCAGGGACGAGCCAUCAAGGCUAUCUCUCAUCCUAGAAGCCAAAUCCCCCAUAAUCCUCCUUCCAGUCAGUUCAAAAUCCUCCGAUGUUCUUGUGGUAGACUUGGGACAACUUCUGGUAACCAACGACUUCAAAUACUCCGGAGAUCCUGGUACCAUCAGCGUCCAAACCGACAACAACAACAAAAAGUGCCUGUUGAACGUGAUGUUCCUCAAGCUGGAACACAUGGACCUGUACGCCGGCAUGAAAGAAAGCGAACUGAGUCCUUCCAAAAGAUCGUUGAACAAGAACUGCUUCAAACUUGGAAGUAGUUUGGUCACGAAGAAGGGACCGUCGUUGCUGACGAAGAAGUUUCAGUUGAAAUUGCAAGUGGAACAGAAUCUGUACAGGCAUUUGUACCACAUCGUGCCGGAUAUGAGCAUAUACGGACAACUGUCAACGUUGGAUGGUACUUUGGAUUUAAGUCAGUACCGUUUAAUCAGAGGAUUGCUGGCGUAUAACUUGGGAGAAGAUACUGAAAGAAUCAAUCCUUCUGUUCCUACUAAAAAUAUAAGUGCAGAGGCGGAUCAUACAGAAGAAUGGAAACUAUCCUCCGUCAAACUGGACAUGCAAAACGUCACUUUGCGUCUCGUCCAAUCCCACGAAACCAACUCUCCGCUAACAUGCAUCAACUUCAUCAAAUCUCACCUGACCGUCGAGAAUUUCAGCAACUUUUGCCAAGACGUGGAUCUGGUGUCGCAAGAGAUCCUGAUAAUGGAUACUAGGUUCAAUGGGGUCGAACCCAAUGACAGGUACAAUGUUUUCACCAACAUUCUACAGCCGAUUAGGAGCUCCAAGAACCCGAAUGGCCUGGUGCAAGCUGAGGUGCACAGUCGCAAAAGACAGGACUACACCAAGGUCACAAUUUUGCUGAACGACAUGAGAUUGAUGGCGAUUUUCGAUUGGUGGGAGGCUUUGCAACAGUAUAUCUUCCAAGAAAUCGAAAAUGUAUCUUCCAGUCCAGAGCAUCAUUCGACUAUGGCGACGCUUGAAGUUCAGGAAGAAGUCCAGUUCGAUUUGAAGUUGAACAUCACCGACUCCGAGAUAGUUUUGGUCGAGAAUACCGCUCAGUGGGAUACGAAUGCUGUGAUAUUAAAAAGCACAACCGUGUUGAAAUACAGGCCUUACAACCAAGAGAAGCCUCUAUACUGCAGCUUGAACAACUGUGAGAUGUUUUCUUGUGUUUUGGGAAUGGAAGAAGAAACUGCAUUGUCCAUCAUAGAUCCUGUUACUUUGAACAUCGAAAUUAACAAAGACAACGUUCUAGAAGUACAGAUGCAGUUUUUGAUUGUGCGGCUGUCAUACCAUGAUAUGUGCAUGUUCAAGAAAAUGCUCAACUCCCUGCCUAAGCAGAUCAUUUUUGAAAAAAGCGCUGACGUCACUUCCAAGGCAAUAAAACAACAAAUAGCUAGUUUGACAGGUCUAGGCUUUAAAGUAGACGACUGUCUGGUAGCUUUAGAGAAGUGCAAAAACAGACUCGACGACUCUGCAAUUUGGCUUACACACAAUGCUACGCCCGAACCAUCUGCCAAACGGUCAUGUAACAAGGGUCUCAAUAUUAGUGCUGUAGAAGUAAAAGCAAACCGUUUAUCAAUCUGCAUCAUCGAUGAUUGCGGCGAUUCUGACGUUCCUCUGCUAGAACUGUCAUUCUCGGACCUCCAGUUAUAUCAGCUGCUGCCUGAACUGAAUGUCAACGACCCGGUCAGUCCUCAGGGUUACCUCGAUUGCAGUCUGGCCAGUGAUUACUAUAACAGGGUGUUGUCAGGGUGGGAACCCAUCAUAGAACCAUGGAGGUGCAAAAUACUUUGGGAAAAGAUUCUCUCUCAGGCGAUACUGAAAAACAGGCUAGCCGUUAAAGUGGAAUCUGAAGAAACGCUGGAUUUUGAUGUAACGUCUACAUUGAUCGAGCUGUACCAGCAGGUUAAGGAGACGUGGACCAAGGACUAUUCUAAACAGCUUCCGAAUGGUAGUACCGAUUCGUCAAAACCGUCAAGUGCGAUAGAGUGCUUCAGAAGGAGAUCACCGUUCAUACCCUUUGCUUUGAAAAAUGAUACUGGAUCGCCUUUGAUUUUUACGACGCAUAUAUCAGACGUCAACAGUGCUAGUACGCCGGUUGUGUACAAGUCGUACGAAAGUUGGACAAGUGUCGAUUCCGGGGAGACUGUGCCUUUUUCUUUCAAAACUAGAGAUAAAAUAAGACAUCAAGAUUCUCACAUGAUGAGGCUGCAUCAGUUGGGCGUGAAAAUUGACGGAUGGCAAUGUAUCGAUCCUGUUACCGUCGACAAAGUAGGAAUUUACUUUAGAGAUGCCCCGGCGGACGUUCAAAGUCGUUCGUUGGACGUUCCUCCAGUGAGAAUAGUCUUCGACGUAACCUUAGAAGGCUCCGCAAGGAAGCUAGUGACAGUACGAUCGGCCUUGUUGCUAAUCAACAAUCUGCCGCAACCGGUCGAGAUUAAAUUGGAACCGCGCUUACCGCAAGAAGCGAAUUAUAUUUGGGUUCCGACCAAAACGUACAACGUGGACAAGAAGGCUACGUUGGCCGUACCUUUAGCACACGCGAGGUCCCAGAUCAGCAUGAAACCUUCAGGAUUAGCGCAGAAGUAUACCUAUUGCACGCCGACUUCGAAUUGGAUGGACAUGCCUCCGAAUGUUGACAGGGCGUACGAAUUGGAGACUUGUCAUACGCACAAGGGGCACAAUUAUAGGUUUUGUCAAGAGAUAGUAAAGGAAAAUGUUUUGGUACCAACAAGUAAUAGAUACGAGCAACCUGCACACAGAAUCUUCCUUUGGCCAACAAUCAAAUUGGAAAAUUUAUUACCAGUAGAUAUCGAUUAUGUAUUAUCAGGAGAAAAAGGGCGCAUCAAAGCAGGGGCCACAGCUUCAAUAACUACAGUGGAUCCCGACAAGACUGUGUCAUUAGAGGUGAUUCUGGAAGGAUUCGAAACGUGCAAUGCUAUAGUUGUACCAGCAGGCUGCACCAACGAAUUUACUGGCCGUAUCAAACUAGAAGAUAGCAAGCAUAGAAAGUUAUAUUUACUGGCUUAUAUUUCGCUCAAUAAAAGUGCCAAAGUUAAGAUAACGAUAACAGCCUAUUUUUGGAUAAUAAACAGGACAGGGUUGCCUCUGGUGUUCAGACAGUCUGGAACAUCGACGGAAAGUGCGGGCCAGUUUGAAGAGCACGAACAAGCCAGGAUGGUAACGCCGUUUCUUUUCAGUUUUUCUGAUCAAGAUGCUAGCCCGACGUUGAACGCUAGGGUUGGAAAAAUGGUUGUGUUUGACGGUACAUCACAAUGGUGUUCGAACUUUCACGUGCAGAAAGGCACCCAAUACCGCAAAUUGCACGUGAGCAUGCGCGGAGGCAGCCCGGACACCGUAUUCGUCGUAGGCAUCGAGGUGCGACCGGGCAGAGGGAAGUACCGAUCGACGAGCAUCAUCACGAUCUCGCCGAGGUACCAACUGCACAACCGCAGCUCCUACCGACUCCUCUUCGCCCAGAUGUGCGCCGCCAAAGGGUCCAACGGAGACUAUCACAACCCGCAGAAGGCGUUCUUGAAACUGAUGCCGGACUCGCACAUGCCCUUCCAUUGGUCCAAUUUGGAAAAAGACCAGUUGUUGUGCGUGUCGAUCGAAGAUGUGCCGGAUUGCUGUUGGUCGGGAGGGUUGAAGAUCGAUACUAACACCUCGAUGCAUGUCAACGUCAGAGACGGAAACGGUCGCGUGUACUUCCUCCGUCUAGAAGUCGUCCUCCAAGGCGCCACUUUCUUCGUCGUCUUCACGGACGCGGACACGAUGCCGCCUCCGAUCCGAGUGGACAACUUCAGCGAGGUGUCCAUCACCUUCGGCCAGAGUUGCUGCGUGGACGUGAUGCACAGCACGGCCAGGGCGCAUUCGAGCGUCCCUUAUGCCUGGGACGAACCCACCAGGGAUCAUUCGGUGAGGCUUGUCGCGCCUGGCGGGGUCUCGAAUACGUACAGGGUGUCGAUGUUGGGACCCGCGCCGGGUCUCACUUAUGAGAAUUUUAUCUAUAUCGCGUUCACCGGGACUUUCAAGAGUCACCACCCGGGUGUGAGAGACCCCAACAACGUGGAAUGUCAAGAACUGGUCCUCGACGUAGCGAAAAGCGCCCUGGUGUACCUGAACCACAAGAUACCCGGCGAGAGGUCACAGUUGUGGAGGAUGACCUCGGAAGGCUAUCUUCAGCACGAAGGUAGCAGUCCGCCGUUGCAUCCCAAUCAAAGCAGGAGUAGGAGCAACACCUUGGUGUUGGACAUAGAGAGUACGGCGCCUCAACCCAACACUUAUUCGAGGUUAAUGUUGAGGAGGAUAGAUCCUAGGAGGAGGUCGACGCAGAAAUGGAGGUUUACCGAGGAGGGGAGGUUGUGCUGUGAUCAUCACAAUAUGUGCGUUCAGGCCAUGGAUGGGUUUUAUGGACUAAGAGCUGGUAAUGCAGCAGUAUUGGGUCUGCCACAACCAGUUUGUCAUAAGGUGACUGAAAAGGGUCUUCCAAUAGAACAACACAUUGAACACCAAAGGUUAAGACCAGGUUCUGGUUUUUUGUCUGUCGAUAUCCACAUGGAUGGACCCACGCAAGUCAUCAGUAUCAAAGAUAUCAAGGAAUCAAAAGUGUAUGCCUCUCCAGACGACAGAGAAUGGGGCACCAUAUCGCAAAGCCAGAGGCCGAACCUGAGCUCAACCGAUGAGGUACCAUCUCCAGAAAAUAGUAAAGAGCUUCAGUUCGGAGUAAAUUUGAAAGGUUUAGGCGUCAGUUUGGUGUGUAGAAAAGCUCCGGAAGAGCUACUGUAUGCGCAUUUUGCAAAGAUCGUUGGCGAGACUGUCAUUACGUCCAAGAGCAAGAAGUUGUCUAUCAGCGUUAAGGAUAUACAGAUUGACAAUCAGUUAUUAGACACAUCAGUUCCCGUUGUGGUCCAUAUGACUCCGCCAAGUUCAAGAAAUAACGACGAAGCGUACGACCACCUUCCGGCGCUGGACUUUAAUGCCGAAAUGCAGCAGCAGGUCAACGAAAACGCCGUUAUUUUCAAACACCUGAUGCUGAGACUUAAAAAGAUCACAAUUGUCAUCGAAGAGAUGCUGUUAUUGAAGUUGUGCUCUUUCAUGGGACUGCAUUCUCAAGAGGAGGAACUCAUUGAUAAAGACGAGAGUGAUUACGAAACUCAGAGGUUGUUGACCGAAGUGUCCGCUGCUCACGCGAAAAGAUAUUACUUUGGUUUGCUGAAACUGAUCCCUGAUCAGAUAAGGUUAAGCGUGAAAACUGCCAGUAAGCUGCCAAAACAGCUACAAAAAAUCAAAAGGAAGCUGGGGUUGACAUUGAUCAAAUUUGAAGAUGCCGCUAUCGAGCUGGAAGCUUUUCAAAGGGAACAUCCUUUUGAAACUAGUCAAGUGUUGUUCAAGAGUAUAAUCAAACAUUUUAAAGAUGAGCUGAUGUGGCAAGCGGGCAUCAUCCUAGGCUCGGUGGACUUCAUAGGCAACCCGUUAGGCCUGAUGAAUGACGUAUCCGAAGGCCUGUCGGGGUUCUUGUACGAAGGCAACGUGGGGGCGCUCGUGAAAAACGUCACGCACGGCAUGUCGAACUCGGCGGCCAAGAUAACGGAGUCUCUUUCCGAUGGGUUAGGAAAAGUGGCUAUGGAUGAUUACCACGAAGAGAUGAGGCAGAAGAUUAGACAGGUGCAAAGCGGCAAGAGUUCGGAUCAUAUUUUGGCUGGGUUCAAGGGGCUAGGAUUCGGUAUACUUGGAGGCGCUACGGGAAUAUUCAAGCAAGUAUACGAGGGAGCAUCUAACGACGGAAUACAGGGAGUCUUUUCCGGUUUAGGCAAAGGUAUAGUUGGGGCUGUGACAAAACCCGUUGUGGGUGUGCUGGACUUUGCAUCGGAGACCGCUAGGGCCGUCAGGGAUUCGAGUAGAAGUAAAUUAACUCCAGAACGUAUUAGACUACCUAGAUGCACCCAUGGCCCAGGGGGUCUUCUCCCUAGGUAUAACCUGAAACAAAGUCAAGGACAACAGUACCUGUACAUUGUUAAUGACAAGAACUACGAUGAACAACUAGUUGCUUACCAAGUACUGGGAAGCGCAUCUGAAAAUUUGAUAUGUAUUGUCUCAAACAAAAUGAUUCGUAUUGUUACCAGCAUUAGGAGUCCUGACUUGACGCCUGUCAUCGAGUGCCCUUUAAGUGAUUUGGAAACGUGCAACGUGAUAACGGAGAAAGAGCACGGCGAGAGCCGUUUCUACAUCGAGAUCGUGAUGCAUUACGCGGGUGUGAGCGCCGCUUUAGUCAAUCCCGAUCCUGUGAAAAAACCGAGAGUGAGAUGUCGAACUUUGGAAUUGGCGAGCACCGUAUCACAACAAAUAAAUUACGCUAAGCGAAUAUACAUCGAACAUCUGUACACUUUCACAACAGACAAUAUCACGACGUUAGAAGACUGAGCAUUUUUUGUUGAUACUGAAUUUGGUUUCGUUCUACCUUUUCCUGAGGACGUACAAUGUGAGCACAUGUUUUUCAACAAUGUGGGGCCAAAACCGACCCCUCGCUGAUGUGAGAAGAGGGAAACUAUUCUAGAAGAUAUAUACGUGACAUGUUGAGACGUGGGCUGACAUUGCAUCCAAAUGUAGAUAUUUAGUUUUGGAAAGAUUGUAUUUUUUCAGACGCGUACGAAGCUUAUAGUUUUAUUUUUGGCUUCGAGUGAGAUAGUGUGAUAAUGAGGAAAGAAAAGAGGUUGCUUUAACUUUAUUUUUGAACCCAGUGAUUAUAUGUCGCUUCGACAAGAUAUGAUAAGGUUACUUGUUUGUCAUUAUUCAGUUUUCGAUUCAUAUAAUUUGAAGAAUAUGUUUUUGGUUCGUCGAACGAUUUAAAGGAGUUGUUCCGUGCCGCAACAGCGACAGGACACGCGACCGAGACGAACAUUUCCUAACUAGUUACUUUCAAGAAAUUACAAAUUGUCAGUUGACAGCGUCAUUGUAUGGGAAUCAAAUCCUUACUCCAAGAAAAACAGUUUUAAGUCCGCUUUUAAUAACCAGUCUGCGAAACAAUACGAGUCGAGUCUCGGGCUAUUUGGACAUCAAAGGGGAUACGGCUUAACGUUGCAUAGCUUCAAGGAGGUUCUACUGGUUCCAGAGCAAGAAAUUCUCGAGAUUUCAGCCACAUAUCAGGCUAGAAGUAGGUGUCCGUGUCAAGCUGUCGGUCAAACCUUCUUUCUGGGCUGAUAUUCAAUCCCUGUGGUUGCAUCCUUGAGAAUGUCUUGCUUUGUAUCCGAACUAGUCAACCAAGACUACCCUCCUCGGUCCUGGUUCCUUUUUCUAGGCCUAGUACUUAUCAAACUGCCCUCGUUAAGUGUGAUUUGCAAUCCUGUACUGCCAUCAGAGAUUGGAUUUUUCUAGAUGCAGGAUACAACGUUUCAACAGGUUACGUUACGUUUAAUGACCUUAUAUUUAACCUAACCAACAUAGACCGAACUUAAUGAAUGUCUACUAAUCUUCAUUAACGCGUACUAAAUUUCGUUAACGCGUACCAAAUUUCUUUAACGCGUUCUAAGUUUCGUUAACGCGUACUAAAUUUCGUUAACGCGAACUAAAUUUCGUUAUCGCGUACUAAAUUCCGUUAACGCGUACUGAAUUUCGUUAACUCGUACAAAAUUUCGUUAACGCGUACUAAAUUUCGUGAACGCUUACAAAAUUUCGUCAACGUACUAAAUUUCGUUAGCGGCUACUAAAUUUCGUUAAUGCGUAUUAAAUUUCGUUAACGCGUACUAAAUUCCAUUAAGGCGUACUAAAUUUCGUUAACGCGUACUAAAUUUUGUCAGCGGGUACUAAAUUCCGUUAACGGUUAGUAAAUUUCGUUAGCACGUACCAAAUUUCGUUAGCUCGUAAUAAAUUUCGUUAACGCGUUCUAAAUUCCGUUAACUCGUACAAAAUUUUGUUAACGCGUUCUAAAUUUCGUUAACGCGUUCUAAAUUUCGUUAACGCGUACUAAAUUUCAUUAACGCUUACAAAAUUUCGUCAACACGUACUAAAUUUCGUCAGCGGCUAGUAAAUUUCGUUAACGCGUAUUAAAUUUCGUUAACGCGUACUAAAUUUCGUUAGCGGGUACUAAAUUCCGUUAACGGUUAGUAAAUUUCGUUAGCACGUACCAAAUAUCGUUAGCUCGUAAUAAAUUCCGUUAACGCGUACUGAAUUUCGUUAACUCGUACAAAAUUUCGUUAACGCGUACUAAAUUUCGGUAACGCUUACAAAAUUUCGUCAACACGUACUAAAUUUCGUUAGCGGCUACUAAAUUUCGUUAAUGCGUAUUAAAUUUCGUUAACGAGUACUAAAUUUCAUUAACGCGUACUAAAUUUCGUUAACGCGUACUAAAUUUCGUUAGCGGGUACUAAAUUCCGUUAACGGUUAGUAAAUUUCGUUAGCACGUGCCAAAUAUCGUUAGCUCGUAAUAAAUUCCGUUAACGCGUACUGAAUUUCGUUAACUCGUACAAAAUUUCGUUAACGCGUACUAAAUUUCGUUAACGCUUACAAAAUUUCGUCAACACGUACUAAAUUUCGUUAGCGGCUACUAAAUUUCGUUAAUGCGUAUUAAAUUUCGUUAACGCGUACUAAAUUUCGUUAACGCGUACUAAAUUUCGUUAGCGGGUACUAAAUCCCGUUAACGGUUAGUAAAUUUCGUUAGCACAUACCAGAUUUCGUUAGCUCGUAAUAAAUUUCGUUAACGCGUUCUAAAUUUCGUUAAUGGCUCCCAAAUUUCGCCUACGCGUACUAAAUUUCGUUAAGGCGUACUAAAUUUCGUUAACGCGUACUAAAUUUCGUUCAUGCGUAUCAAAUUUCGUUAACGUCUACUAAAUUUCGUUAACGUUUACACAGGUUGAGUGUUAGUAGCCAUCUGUCCCACCACUGGGAACCAUGCCCAAGUCACGAUGAAGUAGAGCAGAGUUUCCGAUGGUGUUGUAGAUUUUAGUAUAAUCCGCGUGAAACGAGAUAAACGUAGGUAAAUCGCUGGUAUACAGGAUGAAAAGAACGGGGCCCUAUAACGAUCUUGAGCAGCUUGAAUCUUCACGUGAUAGAAAAAAGAUUGAAAACGGUCUCCUGUCGCUAUUUUUUGUGUGCGAAUUGUAAAGCACAGUCGAUGUCGCGGCACGGAACGGUAUAGUUCACUACAUACUUAUAGUGCCUGUUUACAGUUUUUUUGUUUCUUUAUGGUACCUACACGCGUAUAACAUGAUCAUUUUAUGACGCAGAUCUGAAUCACGAUGAAAGCAGGUUCAUCUCUAGAGAUUAUACAUUUGAAUAACGUGCAAUAAUGUACAAAGUCUGUCGCAAAGUAAACAGGACAAUGAAAAAAAAUGAACAAAUAUUUUUGGUUUCGGAAAAUCGAAUUUAUUUUAUUCAAAAUAGUCUCCUUCAGACUUAAUACAGCGAUUUGCACGGACGAAAAGAUUUUCUCAUUGACCGGGAUGUGCUUCAAAAUGGUCGUCUACGCCUUAAUGGCCUCUACGUCGACAUACCGCUGACCCUUCAUGGCCAAAUGUAGUUUACCGAACAGAAAAUAGUCACGCGGUGCCAUAUCAGGAGAAUAUGGGGAGUCGUUGAUGGUUAAAAUGACAUUUUUUUGUAAAAAAUCGGACACAAGCUUCGAUAGAUGAGACGGUGCAUUAUCGUGCAACAAGUGCCAGCUUCCGUUCUUCGAGGUAUUCUAGCCGAUCACGCGACAGUAAAUGCCUUGUAACACCAAGAUAAAACACAGCAUUAACCGUUUGGCCCGGUGGAACGAAUUCUUUGUGAAUAAAAUUCCGCUCGAAUCAUAGAAACAAAUCAACAUUGUCUUCAUGGCUUUUUUUCGGAUUUGGUUCGCUUGGGUACUUCCAUUGGCUCUUUGUUCGAUACUCAUUUUUCGACAGUUGCUAAAAAGGUAAUGUCCGUUUGAGCGCGAUAACUCCGCGUGAAGUGGUUCGAUAAUCAUGAUAUUUUGACACAUCAAUGAAAGAUGUACCUAUCCAACGCUGGUCUCCGAUAAUAGAUCACGCUACUUGUAUCCGAUAUCUUUUCAAAAGUUCUGUUUACUUGCGACAGACCUCGUAAAAGCACUAAUAGUUUCUUAUUGAUUUGAGUGUAACGAAUCUAAAAUAAAUCGCUUUGUUUAGAUACGGCCAUAGCAACAAAUUCACAUAAUUUGACUAUGCUAUAAAUGAUGCGACUCCAACCUCUAGACCCGAGUCCCGCAUCUCCACAAGCCAGCAGGUGCCGUAUUGCCGUAUUCUCGGUUUUAUGGGUUCUUACGACCGCCAAUAAAAUGUGAACAGACUAUGAGUUUGUCGUGGACUAUACCUUAACAGUAGAACAUCUCAUGAACAGGUAACUAAAAGAUGACGUUAAAAUUCGGAUACAGCUCCAGGUUCCGUCUGGACAUGAACACAUUUGGCAGUUUUGGCACAACUCUUCAUACUUACCAUGGUUGCUGCUUAUUUCGUCUAUAUUGGAAAAAACGUUUCGUUUAAGUGCCUUACUUUUGUUGCAUUUUUUGUUUGUUAUCCAGGUGUAAAUACUUAGACUGUUUUUAGCAUUUUUAUUAACAAGAUUUAAGUUGUUUUUCUUUUAUAGUAGGAUUGUUUUAUGAGCAAGUUGUUCGAAUUGUAAAUAUAUCUUUUUACCAAAGAUUUGUUACGUCAGGAGGAAUAAGUUAUAAUAUGGAUGUAUUAAUUUAUUGUCAUUAUCGCAUAAAUAAAG